GCGGAUGAAGGAUUGAAAGUGCAAAUGAGUAUUCGCCAAAAUGCUGAAGAAUUGCAAGACAUGCUGAAGGAGUUGAACAGUUGGCAGGAUGAAAUGAAAAUCAAAGAUGAAGAUCUUCGAAAUUCAAAGACAAUAACGAAAAAGAACCUUCCUCCUGUAAGGAAUCAAGCCAAGAGAAAGAAGAAGAAAAAGAGAGAUUCUGACAGAGAAAAACCAGAAGUUGGAACAAGAAUAAGCUCCUAUGACUACAGAUCAUGGGAUAAAUUUGAUGUUGAUAAAGUGUUAAAAGACAUGGAUGAAGCAGAUGAAAUGAAGACAUUUUCCAGUUCUGAAGAAGAGAGUGAAGAGACUGAUGAAGAUCUGGAAAAUGAGCAAAGAUUGCAGAAGGCACUUCUUGAAAAGGACAAGGGAAAUGCACUUUUUAAGGAGGGUAAAUAUGAAGCAGCCAUUAACUGCUACACAACUGGAAUUCAGUUUGACCCAACAAAUGCUGUACUCCCAGCCAACCGGGCAAUGUGUCUUCUAAAAUUGAAAAGAUAUGGGGCUGCUGAAGCAGACUGUAGCCAAGCCUUGUCCCUGGAUGCUUCAUACACUAAGGCUUAUCUGAGAAGAGGAGCGGCACGCUUUCAGCUUGGAAGGGUGAAAGAAGCUGAGGCUGACUAUAAAGAUGUACUGAGACUGGAGCCAAGCAACAAGCAGGCUCAAGAGGAAUUGAAAAACAUAGCUAAGCUGUUGAAUGAAAAGAGAAAGCAAACAAAAGUUGAAGAAAAGUCACCAAAAAAUGAGGAAGAUAAAAAAUUGCCCACAAAAUCCAAGAAACCCCUUAAAAGGAUUGUCAUCGAAGAGAUUGGAACAGAAAGUGACAGUGACCAUGAAGAGAGUACGGCCAAAGUUUCAACCAGAGCUCAAAUAACAGCCUCUUUGCCAACUGCCGAGACAAGGAACAAUUCUAAUUCAGCUGGGCCUGUACAUGACUCUGUUCAAGCUAACAAAGUAGAAUUAAAAGACAAUUCCAGUAAAAAUUCUCCUUUGUCAUCAUCAUCAUCGCCAUUAUCCACUCAGCCUCCGUCUACUGCGUCCACUGCUCGCGCACAAUCUUCCCCGAGGGCAUUUGCAGUACCAAAGUCUUCUGCACAAUUUCAAGCAGAUUGGAGAGCACUGCAUAAAGAACCUGAUAAACUAUUUCAGUAUUUUAGGAAAAUCAACCCAGAAUCUUACCCAAAGUUGUUCCAACAGUCUCUUGAGUCAGACAUGCUGGUUAAGAUAACGAACCUCUUACGCGAUUUCUAUCUCUCAAAUGGCCUACCGGUGUUCAAAGAAUUGAAAUACCUUUCUGAAGUGAAAAGAUUCAGCAUGGCUGUCAUGUUUCUGUCGGACAAAGAUAAGACAGUUAUCUGCGACCUUUUACAAAGCAUAAAACAAAACAAGGAGGACUGGAAAUUAACGGAUGAUUAUGUCAAUAAUUUGGCUACGAAAUAUGGAGUGUCUUGAACAUUUUCCUUGGAAAUUUGACACGCCACGACAAUAUUUACCGAUGGAUGUCACGUGUGUUUCCUUUAGUGUAAGCCGAGCAGGCCCAGAGAAAGAGAAAUAUCAAGUCAUUUGUGAAUCUUGUUUCGCUAUACUUACUUUCAAGUUUAUGAUGCCGGCGUUAUGGGGCUAAAUACGAACAGCUUUAAAACCCGUUUGAAAGCUGGUUUGUCAAACACGGUUUGGAAUUCUCUUCUUCAUUUAAGUUGCUUCAACUAAUGUUUUUCGACUUCAGAUUUAGCUCAGCGGAAAUAAAAAUUAAUCAAUCCUGGAAUCUCAUGCAGAAUUCAGUUUUUCAGUAUUCUAUUCCUGAUUUUUAUUCAGUUCAACUUGGUUUAAAGAAACAUAUUUAGAGACCUUCAGAUUUCGAGGUGAGUAUGAAUUUGAGUACGAUAUUUUUCAAUAGUGAAGCAAUGGGCUCGACAUCACCUGUGUUAUUUUGUUGGGCGAAACGCAAUAGCCGUCAACAUUAUAAGACUAUUAUUCUUGGUGAAAGAGGUGAAGUGGAUAAGAGACACUGAGAAAGAUGCAGUCUCAAGUCGAGCUCUAUUGCGUCUAUGAAACAAAAACUGUGCACUCUUUUCGGCAUAUUUUGCUCCAGAAAAGCGCCAUGGAGCUUGGCAGAAAAUAUCACAUUUUCGGUAGCCAAGGAGACAUUGUCGCAGGUGAUAGUUUUCCUACCCAGAGGCAUUCGAUUACAGAUCAUCGUUUAUUUAAGAAAGACG